AAACCAACAAGAGUCCGAUCGAGUGUUUAGAUGGGCCUUCACAUGUUGCGAGAUGGUUGUUUUGCCGAAGCCUGGGGAGAUAAAGCAGAGCCAUUCGCAAUGGAGGAUCUAUCUGAAGACAUGCAUUAACCAAACCUUAGGUAUCGUUACUUUUUUCUUUGUCUGCCUGAACAUCAAAUUACCGGUCACGAUGGAGGCCAGAAACCCAAAGGACUCCAUGAAAUCCACCUGGCGAAAAGCCCCCCGAGAUCAAUGGAACAUCAAUCACUGGCUAAUCGAGCUCCUAAACGUCCACCCCUUCGAACUCGACCAGGAAAUCCCAGUUCAUUCCAAGGAUGAAAAAGUCCCCUACAUGUCCCAAUGGUCCCUCAACUUCUGGGUCCUCCUCUACGGCGCCAUCCCCCUCCUCGUUCACGAAGCCUACACCACCUACACAGGAAACACCAUGUCCCGCUGGGCCGCCAUAGGCUUCUACUCAACCUUCUUCAACGCCACCGUCAUCUACCUCAUGCACAUCAUCCGCCGCCUAGGCCACACCUACGGCUUCCUGGACGGCGAAAAGCCCCGCGAUGACAUCCCAGACGUAGGCGUGCACAAGGUCGUCGCCUCACUCUACAAAACCACCAUCUCGCGCAUCAUCAUGGCCGCCUACUUCUCCUACGACGCGAACCAACUCCCCUCCCAGCUCGACUGGAAAUGGCUCCCGCUCGAAAUCGGCGUCUACGGCGUCGUCCUCGACUUCUGGUUCUACUGGUACCACCGCCUCAUGCACGACUUCAACCCGCUCUGGAAAUUCCACCGCACGCACCACCUCACCAAACAUCCCAACCCCACCCUCUCCGCCUACGCAGACCACGAGCAGGAAUUCUUUGACAUGGUUGGCGUCCCCAUGAUGACCUACUUCACUUUACACUAUGCGUUUGGCCUCCCCAUGUCUUUUUACGAAUGGUGGAUCUGCCACCAGUAUGUUGCGUUUGCGGAGGUCUGGGGACAUAGUGGAAUUAGAUUGCAUUUGACCGUGCCGACGCCAUUUAGUUGGGUGUUGCAGAUGUUGGGCUGUGAGAUUGUGAUUGAGGAUCAUGAUUUGCAUCAUCGGAAGGGGUGGAGGAAAAGUUAUAAUUAUGGGAAGCAGAGUCGGGUUUGGGAUCGGGUUUUCGGGACUACGUGUCCGAGGGUGGAGAGUGUGGAGGAGAAUGUGGAUUAUGUGAAUACGGUUAGUAUGCCGUUGUUCUAACUUGAUGUGGAUGUGUUGGGAUGUCUGCUGGCGACUUUUGUAUAUAGGACCUAUAUUUUAUGGGGGUACAUAUAGGAAUGACUUACGACUAACUAGCAAUUGAUUUAUGAAUUCAC